AUGGACAUCUCAGGUGAUGAAAUUGCGGAUGUGGUCCUGAGGGAGUUCGGCCGGUGGCCUAAUAAGAGGAAACCUUUAUUGAGAAAUGGUGGCGUCAAAGAAUGGGUCCCGUUGAGCGGCAUAGUGGCACAAGGAAGAAAUGGCCUCACAUGUCUGGCAGUAGCGACUGGGAUGAAAUGUCUCCCACAAAACAAAAUUGCCCAAGCGGACGGGGUUACACUUCAUGACUGGCACGCCGAAGUCCUAGCUAUUCGCUCUUUCAACCGAUUCCUACUUGAAGAAUGCCAUGCCUUGGCUUUAUCCGAGAAACCUUCAUCGGACUUUGUUCGAUUCAGGAAUCAAGAUGAGAGAACUCAGAUGAAUUUUCAGCCAUUUGCAUUGAAUGAGGGUAUCAGCCUUCAUAUGUACUGCUCGGAAGCUCCGUGCGGAGAUUCAAGUAUGGAACUCACUAUGGCUGCCCAAGAUGAUGCCACGCCUUGGGAUUUGCCUUCUCGAGUUGAUGUACCCGGCCACUCAACACCCGCACCCAAGAUUCUUCAUGGCAGGGGCUACUUCUCUGCACUGGGCUCGGUGAGGCGCAAACCAUCUCGCCCAGAUGCUCCGCCUAGCUUUUCAAAAUCGUGUUCUGACAAAAUCGCUUUGAAGCAAUCGACGUCAUUGCUCAGUUCAGUUACGUCUCUGCUCAUCUCGCCUAAGAAUGUUUACAUCCGGUCCUUAGUGCUGCCAUCCACGCAGUAUUCCUCUAUCGCUUGCACCAGAGCGUUUUCAGAGUCAGGUCGGCUGUAUUCUUUGAAAGACAAGCAGUGGUAUGGGGGCUACUCUUUUCGCCCCUUCGAAAUUUUGACAGCAGACGUGGAAUUCGUUUCCAGUCGGCGACAGCCAUUAAAUGUAGGCGAGAAGAUCGUACCAUCCAAUACUGCGACAUCCUGGACACCAAAUCACGCGGAAACCUUGAUCGGGGGGUCUCUACAAGGUAGAAAGCAAUUCUCACUCAAAGGCGCCAGUCGGGUCUGCAAACGCCGCAGCUGGAAACUAGCACUUGAAAUUGCCAAGAUAGCUUCCGUCCAAGUUCCCAACAUUGAAGAAGCCCUGAAUGUGGGGAGUUAUGCUUCAUUGAAACAAUCGGUGUUAUUAAAUGACAGGAGAGUCGUCAAGGCAGACGUGAGAGCAAGAGCUUUGAAAGGUUGGAUUCAGAACGAAGGUGGCGAGAGUUUCGGGAUUGAUGGAGUCGUGGCCUGA